UUGAAAAUAUUCUGUUUAGAUGAAGAUUAUGGAAGAGAUUCGGGCCCUCCAGCUAAGAAAAUUCGAUCAUCUCCCCGGGAAGCUAAAAACAAGAGGCGAUCUGGGAAGAAUUCACAAGAAGAUAGUGAGGACUCAGAAGAGAAAGAUGUGAAGACCAAGAAGGAUGAUUCUCAUUCAGCAGAGGACAGUGACGAUGAAAAAGAAGAUCACAAAAAUGUGCGCCAGCAACGGCAGGCGGCAUCCAAAGCAGCUUCUAAACAGAGGGAGAUGCUCAUGGAAGAUGUGGGCAGUGAGGAGGAACAAGAAGAAGAGGAUGAGGCACCAUUCCAGGAAAAAGAUUCCGGCAGUGAUGAAGAUUUCCUAAUGGAAGACGAUGAUGAUAGUGACUAUGGCAGUUCAAAAAAGAAAAACAAAAAGAUGGUUAAGAAGUCAAAACCUGAGAGAAAAGAAAAGAAAAUGCCCAAACCCAGGCUAAAGGCUACAGUGACACCAAGUCCAGUGAAAGGUAAAGGGAAAGUGGGUCGCCCCACAGCUUCAAAGGCAUCAAAGGAAAAGACUCCUUCUCCCAAAGAAGAUGAUGAGGAACCAGAAAGCCCUCCAGAAAAGAAAACAUCCGCAAGCCCCCCACCUGAGAAGUCUGGGGAUGAAGGGUCUGAAGAUGAAGCCCAGUCUGGGGAGGAUUAAAAGUGAUGAUGGUUUGGGGAAAGAUUUUAUUAAAAAAAAAGGAAAAAAAAAAAAGAAAAAAGAGGGAGAAAAAAAGAACCUACUUAAGAUAGAACAUGGUUUUGGCUAUGGCUUGACUCAUGGGCUUUCAUUAUUUUUUUUCAUUUGUUAAAAGUAACAUUUUCUCUCUUGCUUGCUUUCUCUCUUUCUCUUUUUUUAAAGAGAACCAUUGUAUGUUUAAGUUACCUUUUUGUCUGUUGGUCUCUUUACCGCCACCAUCCCUUUCCCAAUGAAAGCCAUGUCAAAUUAAUCACUGGAUUAACUGCUUCAUCUUUUCAUUUUAAUGGAAGGUAUGCCACAAUUGUAAAGCAAUAAGAUUUGAGGUGAACACUAUGGAAACUGCUUUUUGCUAAAUGAUGGCAAGUUGAAUAGUAAUCCAAAAAUGUAGAGAGGUUUUGAUUGCUUCAUUCUCUACUUGGACUUUUAAAAAUUAAUUGUCAUCUAAUACUGAGUUUAUAUGUCUAAAUACACAAGUAUAAAUGUCUAAAAAAAUUCAUGACUUUAAACUUCCACUGAUGAAGCAGGUAGGAGAUAAAAGAUGAAUUCUGAAUUGUUACUAAAAGUACUCAUAUUUUUUACCUUGAAGGGAGGGUGGGGAAUGGGGUUACCUGACCUUAUUUGAGGGUGUGCGUUUUCUUUUUUAUUUCAUCAUUUGUUAUCUCAAAGAGACUCGGAGCCAGUGAUCCUUUUAUUCUGCAACAGUCUUUAGGAGCUUAAAAACAAAAAAAAAACAAACAAAAAAACACAGGGGGCCGCCAAAACCAAAAUCACUCUUGAUUUCAUAUUUCUUUUUCUGAUGGUUCAUGUUUUAAAAAUACAUAUGUAUCCUGGUUUUUAAUUUUUUUGAUGAAAUUUUACCAAGGAUCCCUCCAAAAUAAAACCAUCCUAGAAUUUAAUUGGCAAGAUCAAUCUACACACUGCAAUGGAUUUUUUUUUUCAGACUGACAAUGUUUAGGUUUUAAGCAAAUAAAGUUCCAGUUAAUGUGAAACUGAGUUACAAAGAGUUGAGAUUUUUCCUUUAUGAUAAAAGAAUUAAGAUUCUUUUAUGCUAUAAAUGUGUGUUCAGAUUCCAUGAACCAUGCUCUGCCUUUAUUCGGGAAUAGAACGUUUUCUUUUCCAUAUUCUAAUCUUCCCAUUUCUUCAUGGAAACACAGUAGGAAGUAUGUCUUUCCACUUUCUGCUGCUACAUAAGACACCACUGAGCACUCUACCCCCAGUGCCUGCCAGCUCUACUAUAGGACACUAUUUUCCUGGCUCUUAUUCUUCACUUCCCAUUCUGUCCUUCAUUGGGAGUAUGUUAAAUGCUGCUCCCAUACUAGUUUGCUCUUCUUGUCUUUUAGUUGUUCCCAACUCCCUGCUUACUGCUCAUAUUGCUCAAAGCAGGAGACUGGGACUCAGCAGGACUAGAGAAUCCAUGCAUUUUAGAGGCCUGUGUGCAGUUGAUAACAGACAUCUUACUUGCCUUAUGAAAGCAGUCAGGAGAUAGAUCUAUAGGUUUGAACCUCUGCAUCCUGACACCAUGAGCUAAUGGAAGCAAGGUUCUAGAGUUCUAGUAUGCUUAUAAAUUGAAAAAUUAGUGAAAUUUAACUUAUGCCUUUUUCCUGCCUUUUAAUCUAGAUUUACAUCCUUAACAUCCUACUUCAUGGGUUUUUUUUUCUGCCUUUUAAGUGACAACUUACUUUUCUCAGACAACAUGGCUUCCUUGCAAGUGUUGCUAGGACUAAAGAUUGUUUAGGGAAUAUUUCUACUCUUGAUUUUUAAGACACUUUAAGGAACAUUCUUACUGUAUCUUUACACACCCUGUGGCAGAGUCAUUUCACUGUUGCACUAUGUGUUAAAGCAUGAAUAAGGAGUUUUUUAACAUGGCCAAAAAUACAGGACGUGAACAUAAGUAGCAACUGGAUUAUUCUCUUUCAUGAUGGUGAAAUUCAUAGUUGUGAACUUUGUAAAAAGGGUGUUAAAGAUUAAUCUAUUUGCUCAAGUAGGGUUGUUCAGGUAUCCAUCAAUUUUUAACAAAAGGUUUAAAUUCAUAUAGUAAAGGACCUAUCAGUGUUUCCACCAUGCACUUCGAUUUUUUAGGAGUUUAUGAUUUUGUCUUACAUUCCUAGUAACAUUUGGGCUUUUCUUAGGUUAUAUUUCAUGAAGAUGGGAGAAGGGAGACUUAAAACUUCAGUCUCAAAUUUUUUUGUGUGACAUUAAUCUGCACUAACAUCUCUGUGAUAUAUGCACUUCUUUGAGAGGUAAUCAUGUCUUGUAGAUUACUUGCGUGCAUUUAAUUGAGUUUCUUGUUCGGGGUCCCUUUUAAAACUCAUUAGAUUGAAAUAUGUAUUCUGUAUUUCUAAUAGACUAGACAGGAGGAUCUGUGUCCCCAAGUGAGACAGGCUCUGAAGAACCUUUGUUUUCUCCACUUUUUAUUGAUUUAAAACACUCUAGUCUUCCCUUAAAUCAUGCAUGCAAGUAGGUGGAUGGUUGUGAUGACUCAAACUGGAAACAGGUGCUCAAUAGUCAGGCUUGAUAGUGAUGUGAGGACAGAUUAGGAGCUGCAAGCCAAUAGGGACUGGCCAUUGGCACCACCUUUGACUAAACAUCCUCUUUUUUUCUAGCGUGCCUAUGGUGAAAUGGCAAUAGCGUUCACUGUCUUAUUUUGCAGUGCUCAGGAAGUGGGAUGUUAACUUUGAAGGUGCUCGUUUGUGUUAUUUGAAUUCUCUACGUGGCUCUGCUAGGUUUACCUCUACAACAUAGAUUUCGGCAAUUAUGCUGAAUGACACUACAUCCUAAAACUUAAGUUCUUUUUACCAGACACCCCCCCUCACCCCCAGCUAGACAUGGCUAGUUGACAAAUUAAUCUGUCAACUUGCUGCUGCUGUUAGUCCUCAACCUCAGAUCAGAGUCAAUGGAGUGGGCCCAAAGAAUACAUUUUCAUUUCAGUAAAUGUAGGUCAGUUUCUCCUGCUUUCUCAAACAUCUCCCCCUUUUAUAAUUCCACUCCAUAUUGAUUCCAUAAAGGAAAAUAAGGGUGUUUCUUCCUUUAGGGAGGUAAUGAGUGGAAAUCUUUUAAUAUUGAGGAAUAGUAGUUGAUUUCCUUUGAAGGAGCUUGGAUGUUGGGUUUUUUUGUUUUGUUUGUUUUUUCACAAUAACUGGUUUGCCCCAGUUCAAUCCUCAGUUUAAUGCUUAUUCUUGGUACUGGUUCAAAUAGCAUUUUCUUAACAAAUCAAGAAUGGAAUUGGAGGUUAUACUCCAGUAAAGUUUGUGACACUUGUGCAUAUGGUCAGCUAGUCUGAACUUGACACGUUUUUCUUAAUAGGGAUAGUACUUUUUGUUAAACAGUUUAGGAGUUGUUCUGAGAGUGUUAGAAAGGCAAGAGCAGAAUUUAAUACCAGGAGCAACAGGGAAAGCUUUACAAAAGGUCGUGUGGCCAUUGUUGCUGUUUUGAAGAAUGAGUGCCGGUUUUGAACAGUUAUUUCUUUGCCUGUGUCACCAACAGCUGCGCUGAAAAGGAAAAACUUUAACCUUAGGAGUUUGGAAAGGAAGAAACCUGACCUGGUUUUAAUGGCAUUUAGGCUGAUACAGUACACAUUUCUUGCUGCCAGAUAGGGAAAAUGUAACAAGCUGAUUGCUCUCAAUUAGAAAAUUGUCCAUUUCUCUGUGGAUGAAUUUGAGUUUACUUGAAAAUAGAGAACUAGUUUAUUGUUUGAAUAUUGGGACAUCAAGCUAUUUACAGUAAAGUUUCAGUUUCAACUCAUUUUCCCUUUGUCUUGGAUGAACUCAAUACAACAUGAUUCCUUUUGAAUUCUGAAUCCAUAAGUUACAUUUUUUUCAAAGCCUAAUUCACAAAAUUCGCAGUGGUGCUGACUGUGUAAUAACCACUAUUGGGAAAAAUCCCGUAAACCUGCCUGUUGCCAUGCCAGUGGAGUGACUGAACUGGUGACAUCUGUUGGAGCAUGCUUUGUGUGGCUGGUAGGAUGCCACAGUGUGCAUACACUUUGUACAUCAGGGGUGAAGGGAGGGUUUUCUAGAUUAUUGGGGGAGGGUAAAAUUGGGAUUUCUUUUUGUUGUUCCUUUUUUGAUGGGGUGUGGGGGUAUAGUACUCAGCUUAUGCCCUAAAAUAACAUGUAUAAAACCCCCUGAAUAUUGUGUGGGUGUGUGUGUGAGUGUGUGUUUGUAUACGUCUGGCAAUUAAACCUUUGUCUUCUGGAACUUAGUGAAUUCUUUUCUUUUUUUCCUCCAGAAGUAUUUGUUACAAGAUUUGUAAAUAAGAGCUCUACUUAGUUUGUUUACCAUGAACGUGUUGCAGCAAACCUUAUACACCUAAUCCCUGCAAGAGUUACAGAAAGACUUUAAGACUUGCCAGGUUAAGUAACAGCCGAGUUCUCAGUAAUUGUUUGCCUUGAUUUAUCUUUUAUUUUGCCAGCUCUAAAGUUCCCAGUCUUCCUUGAUUUUAGUUCUUAAUCUUUCAUAUUCUGAGCAGGAAGGGUAAAAGAGGAACCUGCUUAAAUGUAUUAGUUGAUAGGCUAAGACCGAGGCAUCUCUUUCUUCAUCCUGCAAUGUUGCUAGAUACAUGAUCAGACACCAGAGGGUUGGGCAUUCUUGCAAUACCUUAACAGUGCUGAAAUCUGCAGCAUGGUACUAAGGAAGUUAAAGUUUGAAUGUAACCACUUUAUUUAAAAGGUUUUUUUCUUUAAUUUAAAUAAAAUGGGGUUGAAGUGAACAUGAUUUUGUUGACCAUGUUCGUGAAUUAUAGAUGCAACAUGCAUUGGUAGAAUCGUGUGAUGGUCUUUUGUGAUACAUAAUUUUUACAUAUCCCAGUCUCUGUAUGUAUCUGCAUAGACAAAGAAAAAAACUCCUGCUUUGCUUUCAUUGAAGGGUUUCCAGGACUGCGUGUCUGCUCCUGAGCUCUGUUUUAAGUAUGUGUAUCCUUUGCUUGUAUUUUGUAUUAAAAAAAUAAGAAAAAGAACCCUUUAUUGUUGAGCAUGUUGGCAUUGUCCCCUUUAUUUUUUUCUCUUUUUGGGACAUAUGAAGCAAGUAAUUCUUUUUCUGUAUCUUUUUUCUUUUGUAAACCUUUUUUUUGUUUUGUUUUGUUUAAAAAUGGCUUUAUAAAAGGGCUUUUAUAACCCA